UGUAACAAAGCCGCGCCGGCCAAUCAGAGGCCAGCUUUUUCUCACGUGACCUGGCUAUUUUUUUUAUUUUUUUUUACGUAACCCAAGGGGUGUCCUCGGCGAACGCCAGUGUAGAAUCCCGACGCACAGCUCACACCAUGGGGUGUUGCGUCCACGGAAGGAGCGUCAAUCCCGCCUGACAUUAUUUGUCCGUCGUGCCUCCCCCCGGAACAAACAUGUCGCUGCAGCUGCCCGCCGAGGAAACGACGGGGGAGAAGAGGGCCUUCUUUGUCGGCAGCGACUCUGGCGAAGACGAGGACAACCAUCACCUCCAUCACCAUCUCAUCCUGCAGAGAGCCGGCAUGCUGGCCUCGCAGAACUCGCUCAAAGACGCCAUUUACUGGCUCUCCGUGGCCAUGCGCCGCGGGCCGGUCCGACCCGAGCAGUUAAGCACUUUUGUGGACUGUAUUGUGCGGAAUUUGAAGCAGAAGAAGAGCGACCCCGGACGUCGGCACGCGGAAGAGGAGGAGGAGAGCUCGCGGGAAAAAGUCUUGGACUCCCGGGAAAAAGUGUUGGAGCCCCGGGAAAAAGUGUUGGACUGUCCGCAGUGUGGCGGCUUGUUGGCGCCAGCUGUCACCUUGACGUGCGGACAUUCCUUCUGCAGGAGGUGUUUGCAGCUCUUCUCCAAGUGCAAGUUGUGCGACCAAGACGCCGGACAAGACGCCGCCAAGGCCAACGUGCUGCUGGGCGGACUUCUGGCCAAAUGGUUCCCGGAAGAGGUGAAAAAGUCGGAACUGUUGACUCAAGUUGAAGAACUGUGUCAGCGAAGACGUCAUCAAGAGGCCGUGACGCUGGCGAGUGACGUCAUUCGAAGUGACCCCGACAUGGCGGUGAGGGCCCGCCUCUCCCGAGCACAGGCCUGCAUGUCUCUCCGGCAGUUGGACCGCGCUCUGGCCGACGCAGACUUUUGUCUGGCGUCCAGCUGGUCUGCUGAGGCUUUAUUCCUGAAAGCCAUGGUGCUGCAAGAGAUGGGCGAAGUGGACCAGUCUCUCCAAGUCCUCCUGGACUGCCUGGCCGUGGACGAGGACUUCCCCUGUGCCAAGAGACAAGUCGAGAAGAUCCUGUGCAGUUUGCUGUCUUCUUCCGGCGACGACGUCAAGUUGGUUCUGAGGGAAACGUCACAAAACACGGCGGCUCACUUGCGCAGUAAAACCCUGGUGGCCGACGCACAAGCCGUGGCGCACGGUCCGGUCCAGAGACAAAGCCCACAUCGGUCGGGCGCGGCGUCGGACGGCCAGCAGAAACGGCGGGAGAGUCUCCGGCGUCCCGGUCUGAGCCGAGCCCAUUCGCUUCGCUUGAACGGGUCGGUACGCGGCGAGGAGAGUCUGAAGAGGGUUAGCUCCGCCCCUCAGCUUGGAGAGCAGGAGAAGGUCACCCUGCUGAAGAGGAAGUUGUCUGUUUCCGAAGCAGAGGCUUGCAUCGUGGAGCAUAAAAAACAAGGUGUGACGAAAAUCCGGGCUAAGACCUGCAGAAGUGUUCCCAAGAACCUCGUUGACCCCAACGAUUUUGAGUGUUCUCUCUGCAUGCGGUUGUUGUACGAGCCUGUGACCACACCCUGCGGACACACCUUCUGUAAAACCUGUCUGGAGCGCUGCUUGGACCACACGCCGCAGUGUCCCCUCUGCAAAGAGAGCUUAAAGGAGUAUCUGGCCUGCAGGAAGUACACGGUGACAAGGGUGCUGGAUGUGCUGAUCCAACAGUACUUGGGUCAGGAGUACGAGGAGCGCUCCAGGACUCACCUGCAGGAGACCAGAGAACUUUCCGACCUGACAAAGCAGGUGCCCAUCUUCGUGUGCACCAUGGCCUACCCCACCGUGCCUUGUCCCCUGCACGUCUUCGAGCCGCGUUACCGCCUGAUGAUCCGCCGCUGCAUGGACACGGGCACGCGGCAGUUUGGCAUGUGUAUCAGCGACCCGCAGAGAGGGUUCGCCGACUACGGAUGCAUGCUCAUCAUCAGGAGUGUCCACUUCCUGCCUGACGGGAGGUCAGUGGUGGACACGGUCGGAGGCAAGCGCUUCCGGGUCCUCUCCCGAGGGAUGAAGGACGGCUACAGCAUCGCUGACAUCCAGCAUCUGGAAGACACUCGGGUGGAGGACAGGAAGGAGCUGGAGAGUCUCCAAGAGCUGCACGACGCCGUGUACGAGCAGGCCCGGGUCUGGUUCCAGAACCUCAAAGUCCGCUUCCACAACCAGAUCCUGCAGCACUUCGGAGCCAUGCCGGAGCGAGAAGCUGACAUCCAGGCCACUCCGGACGGGCCGGCCUGCUGCUGGUGGCUGCUGGCCGUGCUGCCCAUCGACCGACUGUACCAGCUGUCCCUGCUGUCCAUGAGCAGCCUGAAGGAGCGGCUGGAGAAGCUGCAGCACAUCCUCACGUAUCUACAGAGCACCCCCAACAAUUAGCACCUCCCCUCUUCCCAUCAUGCACUAGGGCUUCCACAAUCUUCCUCAACUCUCAGCAAAUUUCUGAUGGCAGGAAAAAUCCAGACUGUUGUAAAAAAAAAAAAAAAGCAGGUUGAUGGUGUGUCCUGGCUGCUAAGUUGCUUCACUCUUUCACAUUCUUCCACAUCAACUCUUCCACACGUCUGCUUGGCGACUGCAGCCCAAGAAGAAGAAGAAGUCUGAGCUGCUGGAUGUGAGCGCAAUGCCUUCCAUCUCCUUGCCGACCAUCUUGUCCUCCCCCGGCCUCAAGGUCACCACGCACCUUUCUUUGUCACCUGGGUGAGGAGGCGGGGCUUGUUUUUUGGAAAUCAUUUGUAGUCCGGCUUUUUGGAGAGAACAUCAAGCAUUUUCAAUAAAAGGACUUCUUUUCUA